AUGCCUUCGUACAGCAGACUGCCUGAGGAGUGCUCGGCGUCUGUCCGUAGGAAAAAGAAGAAAGCGAAGGACAAGGCCCAGAUCCUGGAGCAGAUCGUGAGCGGCAAGAAGCAGGAAGAGGAGAAGAAGCGCGGCCUGGACAAGCGGACCCCGGCACAAGUGGCCUACGAGAAGAUGCAGGAGAAGCGGCAAAUGGAGAGGAUCCUGAAGAAGGCCUCGAAAACCCACAAGCAGAGAGUUGAGGACUUCAACAGGCACUUGGACACCCUGACCGAGCACUACGACAUUCCCAAAGUCAGCUGGACCAAGUGAACCAGUGGCGUUUGGAUGGGGAGUUCUGUGUACGUCAAACUGGGCUGCCAUGUAAACCUCUGUGUUCUUGGUACUGAAUAUUCAAUGUAUCUUCGGAACAUUUGUCACCUUGUACUGUCGUAUUUCAGCUUCAGAAUACUCAACAAAGUCUCUUCUUGGCUGCUGACUUAUGGAGGUGCAGAGGGGUGUUUUUCAGUGCUCAAAGCCACGCUAAGGCCAAACCCAACUGCUGUGAGACAACAGGAAAUGUUCCUCUAUUUGUCCUCUGCCAGCAGGUCUCGUUAGGAGCAGGAUUGUCUGUGGCAGCAUUACAUUGUGUCAGCUGCUCUCAUAAAUUGCAGAACUGUGUAAUUUCUAUCCAAAAUCACUCAGAGUUGGGGGGUGGUGUCUUCUGUACUCUAAAACCCUUGUAUCUUUGAUGUAACUUAUUAAAGCACUGCUUUCAUCCAU